AUGGAUAGCAUGAGUGAGGCAUUUGAUCAAAUGCAAAUGGUCAAGGAUGUUCUAGCCAACAGUGAUAAAGUUUCAGAGGUCCUACAAGAGUCUACUCAUCAGUUCAACCUGCUUACUUCACCCACCUUCCUACCAAAGGUCAAGGAUCAAGGGAAAUUCACUCUCCCUUGCACACUUGGGCAUCUUGAGAUUGACAAUGCCUUAGUGGAUUCUGGAGCAAGCAUCAAUCUGAUCUCUCUCUCCAUGGCAGAGAAGCUAGGCAUUGCUGGAACCUUGCAGCGCCCUACUACUUCAAUCAUGUUUGGAGAUGCAACUUCUAAGUCUCCUCUUGGAGUGUUCAAGAACUAUCACUUGAAAAUUGGAGAAUGCAUCAUCCAAACUGAUCUCACUGUGAUGGAAAUGGAAGAAGAGAAGGAUUUGCCUUUGUUAUUGGGAACCCCUUUCCUUAGUACAGUUGGCGCUUCAAUAGACUUUCACAAGCAAGAAGUGAUCCUUCACAAGGUUGUGAAGGAAAGGGUUGACAAAGAACCAAGAGUUGGGAAGGAUAAGGAUGAGAGAGGACCAAGGAUUGAGAAGCCACGUCUUGAGAGGGCUAGAGUUGAGAAACCACGAUCUGAUAGGAAGAGCUGA